AUGGCGUAUGGAAGAAAUCAAAAACUCGGCUUUAGUAUUCUGUGGCGCCGAUUCGAGCGGGCCGCUAGGUGGCAGCACAUAGCUCGCUAUUCACAGUGUAUAUUAUUUACCGAGCGUAUAUAUGUAUGUCGUUAUAUAAGCGAACAGAAAGCUACGUUCGGUGGACGCGAGCGCGGGGCGGCGCGGGUGGUGCGGGGCGCGCGGGCGGGCGGGGUGCUCACGCACACCACGCCGCCCAAGCACACAGGCGCUGCGCGCCGCGUCCGUAUGUAUCGAACGAGCGAGCGCGCCAACCGACCGACUCGCUCGACGUAUUCUUAUUAUUAUGAAAGGAGAAACGCUUUUUGUAGGGCAAGAACUAAAUUUGUAGUACCAUUACCGCUGCUGAUAAUAAAGAUUGUAAACGCAUUUCUGCUUGCUGAAGUUUGCGCCGUCACUCAUAGAUGUCGCGUUUUCUUUAGUUUUUCGAAAACCUGCAACGUUUUCAAAUGUACCUCG